GCUCUGUCUCUGCCCUUUGAAAGAAGAACCGCACGCUCACACACGGCAGUUCUACGUCACAUCACGUACCAGGAUGAGACCUGUCAUCUCCUUCUAUACCAGGCUUCUACAGAGUCAUCCGAUAAAAACGCAAAUUGUGACAGCGGGUACCAUCAUGCUCACAGGCGAUCUGAUCGCACAAAAAUUCAUUGAGCGGAGGAAAGGCAUCGACGCCCACAGAGCGGCGGGCUUCUUCUUCCUCGGGCUCUGCUACUACGGUCCGUUUCUGGUGGCCUGGUACGCCGCCCUGGACCGAUGGCUUGUCCUUGGCAGCGGGACGUCAGCCGCCAUCAAGAAAGUUAUCCUGGACCAGCUGCUUUGCAGUCCAGUUUACUUAUUAGGCUUCAUGGGACUCAAGGGUGUCUUCGAGGGACAUCAGUGGUCCCAGAUCAAAGAGGACGUGAAGACCAGGUACGCGAACGUCUUGGCGACGAGCUACGUGAUAUGGCCGGCGGCCAUGGCCAUCAACUUUCGUUUCGUGCCGCUCAAGUACCGUGUUGUGUUCUCCAGCUCUGUGGCCUUGGUGUGGGGCACGUGUCUCUCGUACAAACUGAACGCCGCCACGCCAGCUGUGUGAUGCACACGACGGUGAUACGAGUGGCAGCGAUGCCUCUGCUCGGUUUCGCCUUAGGAUGGAUCGCAAGGAACGUUACGAACCACCGAACUCAAUCCAGCGCCCCCUGAGGGUCACGUGAGCCUCGGGAGGAGCGCAGCAACGCGCGGGGUGCGAAGUCACGUGAUAUAUUCCAAGCACUGAA